AUGGCCUCAACAGCAGCACAAGAAGCAAGUCGCGAGUGCAGCUUAAAAGCACAAGAUCAGCAAGAGACGGGAAGAGCAGCAGCAACUGAAACAUCGAAAAAGCAACACCGAAAGAAACAGCAAGGGAAGUCUCGAGAACAGGAGAAGCCUCGUCAACAGCAAAAAUAUCGAAAAAAGCAUCAGGAGAAGCCCCACGAACAGCAGCAGAAGCCUCAGCAGCAGCAGAGACAUCGAAAAAGCAGCAUCCUAAUACACAGCAAGAGCAGCCCCGAGAGCAGCAGCAGCAGCAGAAGCCUCAGCAGCAGCAAUGGCGCGAGGCGAAGGAGGGGCGAGUGCGGCAAGGAGCGGGGUCAGAGCGCGGUCUAG